AUGGUCGUCGGAUUACUCUGCGAGGAUGAGGACCAUGUCAUCGUCGAAGAGUUCACGUACCCUUCUGCUCAGGCUCUCUGGAUUCCAAUGGGCAUCAAAGCUGUUCCAGUUGCUGCUGAUGCGGCUGGAAUCAUGGCGGAAAAUCUCAGACACCUUUUGUCGAGUUGGGAAACAUCCUUCACGCCCAAGCCCAUCCCAGAAUUCCUUAACACCCUCGUGCCCACUUUCCUAUCCAUGGACACACAAGGCAGAGUCAUUCGUCUCGACUCCUUCUCGAAGACCCUGUUCCCCGGCCUGCGUUUGGGAUACUUCGUCGCCAACCCAGUCUUCACCGAACGUCUCCUCCGCGCAACGGAAGUUGAGACACAAGACCCCGCUGGUCUCAGUCAAGCAUUCGCCCUUGGUCUCCUUCAAGAAUGGGGUAUCGACGGCUACCUCACGUGGCUUCAAAACCUACAAUUUCAGUACCGUACCAGGCGAGACUGGCUUCUGGACGCAUUUGAUGCCCACUUUGACCUUUUGCCAGCAGAGAAGUCGCCUAUGCCUGAAGCGCAGGGCCUUGUAGUGUGCGUCAAGAGUUCCCAUGGCGACAAGAUAAAGCCUGUGUUUAGCUUCGUUGAUCCCGGAGCUGGCAUGUUUGUGUGGUGCAAAUUCUACUUUGAAGGGGUCCACCGCUUCAUGGAGAUUGAAGGAGCUGGAAAAAGCAAUGACCCAGAGCAGGACUUUGCCAAUGAGCUGUGGCAGGCGUGGGCGACGGAACUUGUGCUUCUUACUCCGGGAUCGUAUUAUCAUGCCUGGCAGGGGCCUGACAAGAUGACCACUGCCGCCCGAGGUGCUGAUCCCCGCACGGCGCAUUUCAGGUUCUCGUUUGCGACGCCGACGGACUUGCAAUAA